AUGCCCCAACCGCUCAAACUACUCCACCUCCCUACACUGGUUCUUCGAAAUGUGCUCCAGAUUCUUAAUCCAAUUGAGUUAUUCGAGUUAUCCCAAUGCUCCCGAAGAGCCCUUUCGAUAAUCCCGCUUUCCGAUAGCAAAAAAUUCAAGCUUUGCAUGAACAAUAAUUAUAGCUCCAUUCUUGUCAAUGACCACGCUUUUCGUGUUCGUAGAAAUUACCAAUGGGCAUAUAUUUUGCAUGGAACCCGUACUUUUAAGGGGUCAGCAGUAAAAGUUUCCUAUCAUUCAGAGCAGGAGCUUGGUAGUUUUUGGGAUGAUCGAAUUGCCGGAUUGAAAGCAGUUCUCUUUCAUCUCUCAAACAUUUUCCAUUGUCCUAUUGAUUGCACGAGGCUUCCACCAGGGCUUCGCGAGUCGAUUAUCGAUUUUAUAAGCGGUCGACAGACCGAAAUCAAAGAACUAGAUGUUGGUGGACGGAACCUUAUUGAAGAACAUAGGACUAAUAUAUUUGAUAAAAUAAGAGCCAACUCAAAAUCUAUGAUCAUCUUCUUCUCGUACUGGGUCACUAUGGAACACUUGAAUUUAAUGAAGAACUGUACUGUAAUUACGCUCUUCCAAACUACAUUAACUGAUAACGAUAUGACGGAGUUUCUGAAGAGUUGGCAACGUGGAGAGUUCCCGAAUCUUGAGUACUUCUAUAUCAGAAGUAAACAACUCAACAAAAACUUCACAGCGUUCGGGUUGCCCGCCCUAAGAAAUACUGUCGAUCCACAGAAGUAUGCAAAGACCAUCCUUGGUUCCGAAAGAGAGAUUUAUGGAGGAGUUGAUGUUCAAAGAGAUGAUGGAGUGGUUGCAAAAAUUUGUUUCAACAAUGAAAAUGGAGAUUUGCAAAUUCUGGUCUUGUAA